CAACCCAAAUCAUAUUAGCAUGCUUUCGCUAGGUUACAAUAAAAUGUAAUGAGAAAAACCAAAAGUUUUGAUGAUGAUACGACAAUUUUUAGAUUUAGUAGUAUAAUUAAUAACGGUUGUGUUGUAGGGGUAUUUUUAUAGAUGUUAAUUUGCUGGGUUUUUCAUGAAUGGUGUUGUAUGAUUUGGAUAUGGCUCUCAGUUUCCUCCAUAUUGUCAAUUGUAAUAAUCGAUAUCUUAUUAUUCUUCUUCGAAUCGUAUAAUUGUAUAUAAGAAAUAUCGCAUAUGGGGAUUUUGAUUUUGAUUUGAAGAAGAUGUAACCGGCCCAUUCUUUUUGCUCAAUGAUUCUUGUUCAACUGUUAUUAUUGAAUUCUGUGUGGAAUGCCGUUUGGUUUUGGGUGGUAUUGUGUUUGGACCGGUUUUCUGUUUUCUGUUGUUGAUUGAAAUCAAAUCUUUGAGAGUCUCUUUUAUUUUUCAUUAUUUUGAAGUUGCUUGAGUUUUCAUCUCUAUACUGUACUAUUCUAUACUACACAUUAUUCUCUUUGACGGUUUUCUUGAGAUUAAUUAUUGGUCACCUAUUCCUACUGAUGAUCCUACCCAGGACAAGAUACAAAUGUCGAACAAGGAUUGCUAUUUUUACGUGCAGUUUCUGAAGCGAGUUUGCAAACUUAACAUCAGUCAACUGUUACUAUUCAAAAAGGGAUCUACUUCUAAGAGGCCAGAAUUUGAAGUUGUGCUUGCCAACCAAGAUGAAAAAUUUCCCCUCUGGAUGGGAAUACUUAUCAAGGGUUCCAAUAUGCAUUUUGUUGGGGGUGACAAGUAUUUCAGGUCUGAGAAUUUUUCUUACUCUGAGUUGUGCCUGUGGACUCUGCCCAACUUAGAGGUCUACACCCUUGACCCUACAUCCCAAACCCUCUAUAAGGACAGUAACUUUCCCAACCUUUCUGGUCCCAAGUGCACACCUAUCGUGGUCACCCUUGGGGAUGAAAACAAAGCAUAUGUCCUUUCAACAAAUGCAAACCACUUUUCUGAUAUAGCUGAACCACCUUUCGAGGUUUUUGAUUUUGUUUCAAAAACCUGGGAAGCUCUCCCUCCCCCCCCUGACCACCGUGGCCAUAUCAUUUCCCACUAUGCUAUUGGGCGCAAGCUGUAUGUUAAUGCCGAGCUAUUUUCAUUCGUUUUUGAUGCAGGCGAAGCCAUAUGGCACCGUGACAUCCCAUUUAAGUUUCCCCAUCUUGCAUGCUCUCUAGAGUAUAAUGGCUUUCUAAUUGCCCAGCCCUUCAACUUAAGAGGUCUUGUUGCCUAUAACUUGGACUCAUUUGGGAUCAAAAGUCCUUAUCAGUGUCUAGAUCAGCUACAAGAAGUAUUCGAGGAUCGCUUUUACGACUCCGAUUGCUCUCUCACCCGUCUUGACGAUAAUGGCCGCAUGUGCCUCCUUUAUCAAGGCAUGCCUUUCAGCUAUUCCCUUAGGUUGUGUGCACGUGUAGCGGUGUUUCAAGUAUUUGUCUCAAACUCUACCGACAAUCCAGUUGUCACUGCCGUUCUAGAGGCUGUCGAAGAGUAUGAAAUCCAAGACUUUACACUUGGUGAUUACGGUGCUUAUUCUACAUUCAUCAUGUAUGAUGGUCUGAACAAGGACGAUACUGAGGCUGAUGUCACAAACUCAACUCUUUCUGGCUUGGACAGUCGCAGAGGCGUGGGCAAGCAUGCCGCGGAGUUUGUCACUGAUGCUGAUAUGCAUAAAAAACCAAAAACUACACUUUGUUAAAUAGGCGAGAUUUGGUAAUGCAGUGUCACUGAGACACGGUUUCUGGGCAUGGCAUGGAACUAAAAAUCAUCUCUGAAUGCGCUGGCGCUGAGAACAAUAGCUAUAUUACUUAGCUAUGGGUAUUCUACUCUUUUAUCUUGAUCAAUCAACUCUUAUAACUGUAGUAGCAACUUAAUUUCAUUAGCACUGUCGUAUUUAAUCAAUUUCAACUCACUUGGUAAUGAAUGGUUGCGUAUGUAGUUUUAUGCAAUUUGCUGGUUCAAAUGUGCAAACAUUCUUUCUUUAUUCAAGGCACUGUAGUGUUGGAUUU